CUCGUCGGCGCUGUCAUGGCGGGUGCGCUGAAGAAGACCACGGGCCUUGUGGGGUUGGCUGUAUGUGAGACUCCACACGAGAAGCUAAGAAUAUUAUACAGAAAGAUUCUUGGUAUUCUUGAGCAAAUUCCAAAAAAUGCAGCAUAUAGGAAGUAUACAGAACAGAUUACAAAUGAGAGGCUGGAUAUUGUUGAAGCGGAGCCAGAUGUUAAAAAAUUAGAAGACCAACUUCAAUAUGGCCAAAUAGAAGAGGUAAUUCUUCAGGCAGAAAAUGAACUAAGUCUGGCGAGAAAAAUGAUUCAGUGGAAACCAUGGGAGCCGUUAGUGGAAGAGCCUCCCGCCAACCAAUGGAAAUGGCCAAUAUAAUCAUUAAAUGACUUUGGUGGGUUGAUGGGAAGCUAAUAUGAUUAAGUGUUCUGUUAUAUUAAAAAUAUUUCCAUAUUAUUGACAUCAAGAAAACUGAUAAAAACAUAUUUAGGAAACUUGUUAAAAUUAGUGAUUAUGGUUAUAGGGUCGUGAAUCAGUUUUUAGUUUGUAUUCACUCAAAUUAUUUCAAAGAUUAUAUUUCUUUGAACAGAGAAGUUGUGGGAAGAUUUGUAAGUUAAUUAGAAAAAUUUCUACAGAUCUUUAUUGCAGAUGCCAUAAUUGAAAGGUAAAGUAUCUUUAGUAGUAUCUUCAAUAUGUCAUUUAAUUUUUUUUAUCCUGAAAAGAAAGAGAAAAGGCACUUGAUUAUUAUUGUCUAAAUAGAUUUAUAGGUCACUGUUUGAAGUGAGGUAAUAAGAGAAUAUUUUCAAAUGUGAUAAAUGUCAAAAGUACCUGGUGAUAAAAUUUAAAAUUGUGAUUAACCUCUUUAGCUGUGAUCCUAUGAAUAUAAAGUAAAAUUUAAAUAUAUAUUUACAUACUGAUUACCAAAUUCAUUAUGUCAUUUUGUUUUAGCCUAUAUUUGAAUUAUUUAUUCCAUUUACUUUGUUUUCAUAUUGUCUUCAUUUUAUCAUAUUUUGUUAUUACUCUAUUAUCUUUGAAGGCCAUCAAAUUAGAAUUCAUUGUGCAGAAGAAACUGAUUUGUUAUUUGGAAAAAAGAUUUCUUACUGUACAAAGGUAAUUGGAAAGUUUUUCCUUUUGUCUCAUUUAAGAAAGUUAGCUUUCUGGCACUUAGACUUUAAUUUUCUUGAUCAACCCAACUGUAUCAUGAUAGAGUUAGAAUUUCUGUAAAAGAGGAAAUAUUAAGAGUUCCUGAAGUUUACCUGGUAUAUGGAUAGGCUUAUAUUCAAAACUUCUAAGUCAUAUAGCUAUAACUUCAAAGUGGGAUCGCUAAGUAAUUUUCACUGAAUUUCUAAUAUGAGUACAGCUGGACAUCAAACAAAAGACAAAUGCUGUUCAAGGAAAGAAGAAACUGGCAAGCUUAAGGUUAAACAAAAGUAAAAUUACUUUUCAUUUGUCCUCACUUUUUCUUCCUGGCCCACCAUCAUUUCUAAAUGCCUGGUUAAAUUUAAUUGGUAUCUCUUUCCUUCAUAGAUAAUACUUUUGUUUUUCUGUGUAUUUGUGUGUGUGUGUGUGUGUGUGUGUUUGUAUGCGUGCAUGUGUGUGUAUAUUUUGCUAUCUCUUGUGGCAAAACAGAACCUUUCAGAAUGAGAAAAAAAUUGUAUUUUUUCUUUUUUCUGGUGUAUCUCUUCCUGAUAGAGCUGUAAGAUGAAUGCUAAAUAAGUAUUAAAUAAGAUGGAUUGAGUUACUUCCUAGAGGUUAGAUUGCGAGAAAGCUCUUUCUGGUGGAAAAGUAGGAAAAGCAUUAGAGGGAGAGUCAGAAGCCCAGGGGUUCUCAUUCCCAUGGUUCUAGUGCGAUCAUGAACUCAGUGACUAAAUUGAGGCAAGCUGUCGACCUCUCAGAAUGGCCUAUUUCCUUCUCUGUAAAAGAAAUAGAACUUAUGCAUUAUAACAACUUUUUCAGUUCUAAAAAUUUCCUGUAAUAUAUAAUACAUUAUAUUUAUUGAGAUCAAAAUAUAUGAUCCUAAAGUAUGUUUGCAUGAAUGCUUUCAAGUUAAUUUUCUAACCAACCAAUUUUUCAGGUUCUUUGGUCACAUAAAAACAGAAAGGUGGCUUGUUAUGCCUUUGUCAUACUGUCAGUCCCACUUUUGCUAUGAUUCUCGGGCAUCUUUUAUGUUUCACCAGCAGUGCUACCGUAGUUUUAUUGAUAAAAGCGUACCUUACUGGUGUUUGCAUUAGAAAUGCUAAUGGUACAAUAGUGAUACUCAUUGUAAAAAUAGUAUGAUGGUAAUAAUAGUUUUUGUUGACACUUUAAUAUGAAUGCCAUGCACUGUCAUAAGUACUUGACUGAUUUCACUCAUUAAAUAUGCACUGCAACAGCAAGAGUGAGAUACUGCAAAUUAUCUUCAUUUUCCAGAUAAGGAAACCAGAAUCCAAUGUGAGUACUACUCCCCUGCAAUUAUGCAACAUGGGGCCCUGGAGGAACUGAGGCAAAGAGAUGGUUUAGUAACAAAUCCAAGGUCACAUAGCUAGCAAGAUGUAGAGCUAAAUUUUAAACCUAGACAGUCUAGCUCUAGAACUCAUGCUCUUACUAUUAUGUUAUUCUUUGUGAAUGUGCUUGGGAUGCUGUCACUCCUGCCUACUGUAUAGGCUGCACCAUGUGAACCUAAAUCCCGCUCUCUUGACUUUUUCUGUCAAAGUUACUUGUAAAGAACAAAUGUGAACAGAACUAGUAAACUGGAUUUCAUUUUGUGCAAAGAUCUUAUAUUGCCCACAAAUAAUGUUAAUAAGGUAGGUGUCUAAAAGGCAUCACAAUUUGGCCCAUAAUUCUUUCGCAUUUACUAACUGCUGUUCCAACUCCCCACACAACCUUACACCUGAUUAUUUUUACUCUUUCAAAUCUUUUUCCGGUUGCUUUCUGUAAACUUCCAGAUUAAACAUCCUGAUCUGUGUAGAUGA